UUUUCCUCUAGGGUCUAGUGAUUUGUGGAUGACUUUCCCCUUCUGCUGGAACUCUGUAAGCGGGUGUAACAUGCAUCCCCUGCAGUAGACAGCUGUGAUGCUGACACUAAGAUACUAACAAAUGUAUUUGGGCAUAAGCUUUCGUGGGCUAGAACCUACUUCAUCAGAUGCAUGGAGUGGAAAAUACAGGAGCAGCUUUCUGUUUCCUUCCAGUGAAGCCAUGAAUGAAAGUGAAGAUGAGCCCAAAGAUUUCAUCAAACUGAACUAUGAAAAACUCUCUGCAGAUGAAGUGUCAGAGCUGGUGAUUUCUCCAUGCUGCGGGGCUGUCUCUCUGUUCAUAGGUACUACAAGGAAUAACUUUGAAGGGAAAAAGGUGAUUCACUUAGAAUAUGAAGCAUACUCAUCAAUGGCAGAAGCUGAAAUAAAGAAAAUCUGUAGAGAUGUUAGACAGAAAUGGCCUUCCGUCAAACAUAUAGCAGUGCACCAUAGACUUGGUUUAGUUCCAGUAACAGAACCAAGUGUGAUUGUAGCAGUCUCCUCUCCACACCGAGUGGCAUCUCUUGAGGCUGUGCAAUACUGCAUCAACACUUUGAAAACAACUGUUCCAAUUUGGAAAAAGGAGAUUUAUGAGCAGGAAUAUUCUUGGAAAGAAAACAAGGAAUGCUUUUGGGCAGAUGUGGAAAAAUAACUCCAUCUCCAAAGUCACUAUUAAAACUAACCCCCUCAUGCUACAGUGCAUGCAGAUCAGCCUUUAGUUGUAGAUACUUUACAGCAGUGGUGGGCAACCUACAGCCCAUCAGGGUAAUCCGCUGGCGUGCUGUGAGACAGUGUUUACAUUGAUUGUCCGCAGGAAUGACUGCCCUCAUCUCCCAGUGGCCGCGGUUUGCCGUUUCUGGCCAAUGGGAGCUGUGGCUAGCAUGUCCCUGGGGCCCGUGCUGCUUCCCGCAGCUCCCAUGGGCCGGGAAUGGCAAACUGUUGACACUGGGAGCCGUGGGCAGCUGUGCCUGUGGACAGUCAAUGUAAACACUGUCUCACAGCCCGCCAGCGGAUUACCCUGACAAGCUGCAGGUUGCCACUGCUGCUCUGCAGUAAAUCUAACUAGUAAAAGCAUAUGCAUUAUAACAAACACGUCUUUCUAAUUAAGACAGAAGAUAAUAGAUACAGUAAUUAGAUUAAGUUCCCAAAUUACAAAAAAUGAAAGUUAAAUCACCCAGCUGUGUUUUUUUUUUUUUAAGCUAGCUAGAUCCUUUUUUAAAGCCAUUUCCCCAAAAAUUCUUAAUUGAAAGGAGUCUAGUUUUAUAUACUAUAUGCUGCUUUAAUACCUUUAUUCUGGCACCUUGUGUGUUCCCUGCCAGAUCACAACGUGACAAUCAGCUUUGUGGUUUUUUUAAUCUUAAAAAUACCCUUAACUGGUUUUAUAUAUAAAGUCAACAUACCGGCUUUAAGAUAUUUGACACUUUUAAAUUGAUUAAACAUUUUUGGUACAAGCAGAGAAAAAAAUAUAAAUUAUACCCAGAGUUACUAAUGUUACUUGCCAGUAGCUUUGUUUCAUAGAAAUAUUUUUACUGUAGUAUCAGCUACACAGGUUCAUCACAUUAAGGAAAUUUAAAGCUCUUUAUUCGAAAUGAGAUCAUGCACAACUAAAUGCAUUAGCAAUAAAACACAAACUUAACUGAACCUUAAUAGAUGCAUCGAGGUGACUAGUUUUGAAGCAGCUUUUGCAGCUGUCUUAUUCUAUGGAUUAAAAAAACAGUAGUUACAAAUUAAAACAGUGUUAAGUCUCUGACUUGAACUUACAAAUGCAAGAAUAUUUUUAGAGUUAGGAAUAAAACUUCUCAUCUUAACUAGUUAAAAGGGCAUUGCCAUCUUGAAACAGGCAAUUUUUUUAAAAAAAAUAGUUCAGUAGAUUUAACAGGAGGAACUAAUUAGUUAAUGGGGCUACUCACAUAAGUAAGGUUACUCACAUAUACAACUUGAUAUUUGUAUAUGUAUUGUAAUAUAUUAUACUGUAGAGGUCUCAACUGAGAUCAGAGCCCCAUUGUGCUCAGCCCUUACAAACCUAAUGAUAGCUUCCGCCCCAGAGAAUUUAUAAUCUUAAAUAGAACAGAGAAGGGGUGGAAAGGAAAAGCACAGGGAUGUAGUGACUUGCCCAAGAUUAUACAACAGGCCAUUACAUAACACUUAAGCCCUACUUGUUUCACUGUUUCCUCAGUAGCCCUGGCAACUGCACAAAGCAAAAACAAAGACAAUUUUCUCUAAUCUUUCAGUCACAGUAUAUCUUUGGUAUUAAUUUCAACUAGAGUAAGUUUUAAAACAAAAUCAAAACCCAAAACUUCAAAACAGAAGUGUGAUUAAACCUGGUCCUUGUACUGUUUUUUGGUGUACUUCCUACUAAUGGCAGUGGGACAUCCCUGGGAAGAAGAGAAGCCACUCUUUGCAUGUAUGCAUCUAUUAUGGGUGUCUAAUGUGUCUAUCACUUUGGUCCGUAUAUUUAGGAAAGGCAGAGUAAGUUAUGGACUGAAUUUUCCUUGUUCGGCAUGUGCGAGUGAAGAACUAUGCUAUUUGGAUGUGGCUUUGCUGUAUGGAUUGUUGAGUGCUAUCAGAUCCAUGAAUAAAGAUCACUUCUACAGAGAUCAGUAUUGGUUGGGGGGAGGAGGAGGUUUAAGUGCAAUUAUUAUACCUAGUGUUUCAAAUUCUUGGCAGUAGGGGCCCCACUUCUGGGAUCAAGCAAAAAAAAUGGGUAUUACUUACAAAGAGGUUUUGGACUAAUGUGCAAUCUCAUUGGUAGUCUAUGAACCAGGCAGAACCAGUGUAGUGCUUAUAUGCUAGCAUUAAAACAGAAAAUGACAUUGCAAAGUUAUACCUUAUCUGGAUCAGAGGCAAUUUAUGGAAUUAUGGAUUUUCCUGGUGCUUCUUACCUGAUCUGAUGGAUGGAAAACAGAGUAAUCACUCAUAUAUCCCCAUCAUAUAAGCAGCUGGAGAGAAGAUUGCAGAUCAAGGGGAAUACUACCUUCCCUCCUAGUAACCAGGCAUAAGAAAGGAGAGGCAUGUUGUGUUAAACUGCUAAGAUCACACCAUCUUUUUUUUGUGUCUGUCCUUCACGGCACAAGCAUCACUUAAUCUAAGCACAGUUUUAGAACAAGAAGUCUUAAUUUGGAAAUCUAAUUUGGGUUUCUUCAGAUGGACUAUAAAAUAGAAAUGGAAAAGUUCCAAAAAAGCUUAUACACAUGUAUUUAAAGGUUAUGGGAGUUACUGGAAGUUAUAGUAGAGAUUGGAUGUUAAGAUACUUGACCCAUUCAAACAACAUCUGAAGACCAUUGAGAACUGAUUGAUCCUUCCUUCACCUCUGUCCUAUAAUAUGACAAAGGUACACCCAGCUAAACCAGCACAACUAGCAUUAAAUUGCGGAAAUACUGUUUUAUGCAGCAAAUCAACAGCAUUGGACAUUAGGGUGAUGUGCUUUAAAGAUGUGCUAGAAACCAGAGUAAUUCACUGUUGCAGGAGAUCAGCAAGACAAAUACUGGGCCUGAACAAUGUAGGUAGCUGCAACCAUUAGUGCUCGUUAAGAUAAUCAGAUCUCCUGUUGCAAUAUGUAACAACCUCUUGCAGUCAUCAAGAAAGAAAUCUUUAACCCAGGCAUUGUACCCAACAUACUGUGAUAGUAUGGUGGUGAGAUGGCUUUUGUUUGUCUGUGAUAGUAUGGUGGUGAGAUGGCUUUUCUACAGCACAGUGCAAGGGCAGAGAGAACAACUUGUAGAAUGCAAGAAACUAUCACAGCAUGGAAAUAAAUAAUGGAUUUGAUGGCAGAAGCCCUUAGAGAAAAUUAUUCUCACUUGGCUUGCAAUAUUUGAGAGUAACCUGUGCUGUGACUGGAUGAUCACUUGUAGCUUAAUAUUUGAGGGACUUUUUAGUGUUGCUCUGGCCCUCAUAGUAUUUCAUUAUGUUUUUGAAAGUGGUUUAGGUUGAUUUUUAACCAUCAGUUGCAUGCUGGGAGAUCGUUAAAGUAAUGAAUGGUGCAGGAAUGUGGAUCAAGAUCUAUCCAGUAGAUGUCAGUAGAGAGACAGCUGCAGGUGGUAGUGUUAUAGGGGAUCAAAACGAUCUUUUUAGAAGGAAUUUUUAAAAGUUACAGUUCUACAUUCACCUUCCCUGAAUUCAGUGUGUGUUGUGAAAUAGAAUACAGAUGUUCAGUUCUAGUUGGCUAAAGGGACACGGCCAACUUGAAAUUAUUUUAAAAAGAGUUUAAAAGUACUACCUCUUUCCGGUAGCUAUCGUUCCAGUUUUUGUGGUGUUACAUACACAUUUACCUACCUUUUGAAUCUGCCCCCAAUUUCUCUUGUUGUGUGAAAGACCCACAAAGGAUAGUAGUGAAACUGAUAACUAUUUUUGUGUUAAAUGCAUAUAUUAAAAAAAUCUGAAAAUUGAGGCUUUAUUCUAAACCCUUUUAGUAAUAGUAAUCUUAGGGAGUUGCUUAUCCCAAUGGUAGGUUUAAAAAAUUACAUAAAUGAUUUUUAAAUGUACUGAUGUCCUUUUAAAUAUUUUGAACCCAGUUUUGUAAAGAUUGUCAGCCUGAUAUUAGCAGGGGUAUAUCUAAGAGUUUGCAUCACAAUAUGCAUUUUUUUAACAGAAGUUUUGAUUUGAAUGUUCACAUUAAACAGUGCUGCCUUUAUUUUUGGUAUUAAACAAACUCACUCCAGUACAUUAGGUGCUAUGGCAUUCUGUACCAAAGUGCAAAAUAUACAGACAGAGGGCAGAAAUGUCACCAGAGAAGAUUUUAAAUCUUAACUGCAUUUCUCAAUGAGAACAUCAUUUUACAGUUCAUUAUGUUUAAAAGGUAAUGAAAUGGGGAAAUUGUUAGCCUGAUAAAAAGUAACCAACAUAUAUAGUAUUUGGUGAUGUUUGAUCUUAUUUACCUUUAUUUUAUAUGGUGCUCUUUCAAGUGCAAAACUGGGCUGUAAUACAAAGUAGACGCGUGGAGGGUCUGAGGAUCACUCAAAAGUCACUGUCAACUUGGAGGGGGAAGACUACAAACUGCUCCAAGAUGGGAGGGAAAACCUGUUGUAAUUUUAGAAGGGAGAGAGUAUGUGGGAACUAGAUACAUGGAUAUAGCUGCACUGGUGCAACCCCUUAAUGUAGAUGUGCUGCAUCAGUGAACUGUGACUUACACCAGCACAACUGAGCUUAGCAGUGUUGCUGCACCAGUGGCUAAAACUUGUAAGGCCCGAGGCACAGCUUCUUAGUAUCCUCAACUCCUGGUUGUCAGCACCCUUGCAAUAUCAUAACCCUAGGAUUCUGCUACUGUAGCAAAGAAAAAUUUUGCUGCCUUUUGUAUAGUGGCAUUUAGUAGAGCUUUUCACUCUUCAAAGCCCUGCUUUUAUUAUUUAUUCUAUAUUCAGAUAUGUAACAUCAAAGCGUUAGUAUUUAUCAUUUGUACUAUAGUAGUGCCUAGGGGCUCUAGGGCCUCAUUGUGCCCAUCACUGCACAAGCACAUAACAGAUGGUCUCUGCCCCGAAGAGUUUACAAUCUCAUUCCGAGUCCUCAAUCUGAUCAUUUGUAUUAAAUCUCUAUCUCACAUUCCCCAUUGGCACUGUCCAGUCUCCUGUGAGACUAAUUUGAGAUUUGCAAAGGACUUUACUCAUAUCGUCUAAACCUAAGCCACUCUAAUUUGGAUCUUGCACCAGUUUCACAUUGUGUAACUCUUUGAUUUCACUGGAGUUACUCCUGACUUCUGCUGUUGCAAGCAAGAUUAGAAUCAAAGCGCAGCACCACAAACCACCACAUUGGAGAUAAAACUUAACAUCUUUACAAAGUUUUAAAAACUUAACCCCAAACUGUUAUACACAGUACAAUAUACAUCACAUUUCCAGCAUUAUUUCUGAGGCUGUGCCCACCCGACAGUGCAAUAAAAUUACUCUUUACAAAUGGAACUAACUAUUUAUGUAAUAGAAAAUACACAUACCAAAAAACAAAAACAACCAAACACAAACAAACCAACCCACCAAACUAGUAACAUUAAAUUGCUAAGUGACAGAUGCAAAACCCUACUUAUGCUCUGCUUUCCUUGUAGUUUGAGAAGAGUGCUACUUCUAGACUAGGUGAAAAAUCCUAACACCUGGGAUAAUGAAAAACCCAGUCAAGGCAAGUGAAUGUAAAUCACUCACUGCUUACUCAGCGAGUUAACUCACCUAAAACCCUGGAUGUAAUACACUCCUCUGAACAUUCAGCUUGUGACUGACAAUGAAAACUGGCUGCCUGCCUAGGUUCCAUUACAUGCACCACCAAAAGGUGCAAGAAAUGAAAGAUUUUAUCAUCCACUGCAUUGUUAAAUUCCUCCUCUGGCUUUGAAUGCACAUGAUUAAUUAUGUAUGAGGUUUUCGCAAGUACAGUAUGGAUGCAGUUGUUUUUUUCAAGUUGUUAGAACUGAGGCAGGAGACCAAUUUUUAUCUUCCACCUUAGGUCACAUAUGCACCCAGGGUUUAUAACUGCAAGUCAGAACUUUGUUCUUUAAGGAAUUGUUUAGAAUACUACUUAAUUUUUAAAAACUGAGUUUGGCCACAAACACAACUGGUAGCAACUGUCUUUAUCGGUCAGACGAUUGAGUUUGGAGAUCCAGAUUGUCUUUUAACAUGUCACCAGAAAAAAUAUAAUAUGCAAAUACAAAAAUGUUGUAGGAAACAAAUACACACCCGAUAGCUGAAUUGUUUUCAGUCUGUUAUUCCAAAUGGCACCUCUGCCAGCCAGGGAACUUGGUGGCUUGGCUGGCUACUGUUUACUGACUAAGACAACUUUGGGUAAAAACUUUCAAAAGUGUGUAAGUGAUUUAGGAGCCUAAGUUCAAUUUUUGAAAGUGACUUGGGCCCUUAGGAGGCUAUGGGUAAAAAUUUCUAAAGGCUCUAAGUGAUGUAGGAGCCUUAGACACAUUGAUUUUCACAUUCAUAGAAGAGAGUGGUACUUUCAAAAAUCUUUGCCUAAAGGCUAACUGUAUAUCAAUAGGACUUAAACUCCUAAGUCUCUUUUGAAAAUGGGAUUUAAGUCCCUUUGAAAAUUUUACACCCUUCAGAUAAUUGUCUAUCAGACACCACCUUAUUUCUAAUAAAAAUAUGUAAAGAAAAGCAUAUCACAACAGGUGAUGUGCUUGUUGUGAGGUUAAGUGCCUGUCAUGAGAGUGAGGCAACCAAAAGUUCAAUUAUCUCAGCCCACAAGCCUGGUGUGGGCUCUUUCUUUAACAUGGAGAUUCUUAGCUUUUCAACCCUAAAAUUCAAAGAUUUUGUUUUAAAGCAAAGGGUAUAUAACAUAAGGUCACUUAAAUAGAAAAACGUUAUGUAAAUUAAACAGCAUAACAUAAGGCCACCUGAAUAAGAGUUCCUUUUUAACUCUUAAAAUUUUUCUUUCAAAAGUACUACAGAAUUUUAGAUUGUACAAAACAUAAGUUACUUAUAAAAGUUCUUUAACUAUAUAAGAACAAACAGCAUGUGACAGUCACACUGCUUAAUGCACCACUGAAAGGCACUUAGAUACUACGAAGAUGAGAGUGGUACAAGCACCAAUAUAGAACAGAUCUUCCACUGUUCUUUGUCACACUAGCUGCACAUUACUUAGCUUUUCCUGUGCCCCUAUAAUACACCAGACACUUUCUUUCACUCCUGCCUUCUUGCCAGCUAGUGAACUAAGGCAAAAUCUUGCAUCUUCUUACUCAUGCCCAUAGUCUGUGGGAUUACUGCCAUGAGUAAGGAUUACAAAUCCAAAUAAAGGUUUUCAGUUCAGUUUUGCUCUUUGGGCUACAGAAAAAUGCCAGGUAAAUUUAAAGGUAUUUUUAUUAAUAAUAAAUAUAGGCCUGUUUUCUCCCUUGUUAGAUAGUGAACACCACAAGACAAGCAUUCAGAGAAGUAAAAUUUAAAUCCAUUGGAGUACUGUUGAGAUUUUGAAAACUGUCAGAGUAGCAACUAGUAAUGACAGCAAGUCACAGUGAGUUUUCAAAUUCAGAUCUUCUGCCUUUAAAA